AUAAAAAGUCGACAGUCUUGUUUGCUUAAACAUUUUUGCCGCGAGUUUUCGCCUCAAAACCAACAAAACAAAACAACUGCUCGAUGAUUUACGUGUAUUUAACAUUCAGGAUUGUUAUUCAAAUCAAGACUCUGUGAAGGAAAAUGUCUACCGAAAGCGAAGAGAUGCAGCAGGUAAGAAGGUUUUAAUACAAAGUUCUUCAGAUUCGUCAAUGAACAAGCGAGAGUUUGCCAACCGUUUUUAAAGUAAUGCUAUGUAGUCUUGCAUUCAUCUCUUUUAAAUAUGAAAUAAUGUGUUAAUUUCAGAGGUUAAAGGCAGCAGUGCAUUUCACAGCGGGUCGUCUGUGUCAGAAAGUUGGAGAGGAACACCGGAGAUCGUUCAGCCGACAAGUCAUAGCAGCGAUAGCGGAGACAGCCUUCAGACAGAGCGGUGGGUGUCAAGACUGCACUCUGUAUGUAGAUAGGUAUACAGUCUAUGGUGUCAAUACUUAAGACUGAUCCAUAUGACAAAUAUUACUGAUAACAGUGAUACUGCUAAAGGCACAUACAUGUUUAUUAUUACAAGAUUUUUUUCUCUGUCAGUGGUGUGCCCCCCCCCCCCCCCCCAAAAAAAAAAAAAAUAAAUAAAUAAAUAAAAAUAAAUAAAUAAAAAUAAAACAUAAAAUAAAUAAGAAAUAAAAUAAAUAGAUUAAUUAAUUAAAUUACAUAAGUAAUAAAUUAAUAAAUAAAUAGAUUUAAUUAAUUAAAUAAAUUGUAAAAAUGAAUAAAAUAAAAUGUUUUUUUAUUAAUCUCAAACUUUAAGAACAACUACAACAACAAAAAACAACUAGAAACAAAAACACCAAACAAAAUAAUACAUGUACACCAAGCAACUGUACAUGUCAAAGAUAAAUGUACACAACAUAUUAUGUCAAAAUUAACAGUUUGAGAAGGAACAGAAUGAAGCAAAAAGCUUAAAUAGGGAAAAAAAUAACAGUAAAAGCAACUGUAAAACUCAGCCCCAAAUACAAAAAAAUUACCAAUAUAUGGUUCAACAUUAUUUUUAUCGCCAAACCCAUUUUCCAGAAAAAAACUCAGACACUUAAAGUUCACUUAAACACAUUUUAUUACUGUCUCAUCAGGUAAAUUAAAAAAAAAAAAAACACACACAAAAAGUGACUGAUGAUACGGAAACAGUUUUAAGAUCAAAAAGUUAGUGACUGCUUAUAAAAAUACUUACAACUGAUUUGAUCUUUUACAUACAUAUAGAUAAAUUAUAAACUGUCUUGAUCCAUAUGGUUCUGUAAUUUUCUUAAAUUUCAUGAUCAAGCCUAAAUGCAGUUACAUCUAUUGCAUUUAUUAUGCAUGUGCUGCUGACCUCUUGGCCAGGUCGCCCUUGUAAAUGAGAUCAUGAUCACAAUAGGAUUUGACCUGGUUAAAUAAAAAAACACGAAAUGUUACAAACAUGUUGACAUUUAUUAUGAUCCAAAAAAAUGAAUCAAGUGAAAACAUGCCUCACAAGCAGCAUCACUGGUGGUUGAGUUGACACGUAUAAAAAAGUAUAUAUUUUUUUUACAAAACAAAAAGUGCUGGAGUAUUGUGCAUAUGAAAAGUAGUAGAAUAAAUAUAGAUGGUACUGCAAAGGAGCAGUAUAUUUCGAUCCUUAUUUAGGCUACAUCAGUGUUGUAGUUGCCUAGAUCAAACUUACCAUCUCACAGUUGACCCUUAUUAUUUACAGAUAUUUUUGCCAGAGACCUGGAGGCUUUUGCAAGGUAAUGAUCAACAUUUUUGUUGCCAAAUUAAAAGCUAAAAUAACCUUUAGUGUCCUUUGUUUUUAGUAGUAGAACUAGUAUUGUCUCUUGAACUUUUCAAAUACAUCUUUUAUAUUUUCCCCGUUUGUUUCAGACAUGCCAAAAGAUCCACAGUGUCUCCAGAUGAUGUGAAGCUCUUGGCCCGCCGCAGCACUGCAUUAGUGAGUUUUUUCCAGCCUGUAGCCUGAACUACAUUACACAGCACUAUGUCAAUAAAUCACACAAGUUGAAGUCAAACAAACAUACCGUACCAGUCUCUCUAGUCACACAAACACAUUUCACACCAAUCAUAUGCUGCACUUGAACCACGUACAUGUAUUAUAUAAUCUACAGAAAACACAAGAGUAAUGUUUAAUUUGCUUUUAUUUAUUUCAGUCCAUCUACAUACAAAAUAAAAGUGAAGAACUGAACCAGGAGCAGAAGAAUUUAAAAAAGAAGAAUACCGGGAAGAGGAAAAGCAGAGACACUGAAGAUGAAAGCAGAGAAUAACGACAAGACACUAGCAGGCCUGCAGUGCCUCGCUUCGGCCAAACAUUCAAAUCAACAUAAAAGCAGACCAGUACAUCACAAUGAGUUUAAUAAAGUGCCAUGAUUGUUAAUAUAUAUGAAUCAAACACUGUAAAUAAAAGUGACAGCUCAUUUCCUAUCACAAUGAUUUUGAGUAUACUUAAUUCCAAGUUUCAUCUGCUCUAGGACCUGCUGGUCUAAUGUCAAAUUAUGGUGGAUUUAACACUGAUUUUACUAACUACAAAAUGUUCAAUUUCAUUAUUUUAUGCACAAAAUUACA